GCAUUUGGAUCACUCUCCUCUUCUGUGUUUUUAAUUUCGUGACAGCCGGAGCCCUGGAGGCGGCUCUGGCCCGCGCCCCGUUUUCUGAUUGAUCGUGCUUUAAGCUGGGCUUUCCCCUCGACUACGGGCGAUUUUAAAGCGAUAAAUUCAGUAAUACACACGUGUUAUGGCCAAACCCGCCCAGAUAUCCCCCAUCUGAACUUUAACUGAUCCAGAUCUCUGAGUUCAGUGAAAAUUAAGUGCCUGUGACACCGCAGAGAUAGAAAGUAUUUCAGCAUGUGGGGGAGGCCGCUGUUUAAGCGUGGCUUCAUGGUUACUAAACGAUUAAAUUAGCAGGAUAUAGGCCAUAUAAAUUGCCUUGCAGUUUCCGGUUGCUUUCCUCGUACAAAAAUUGCACAACGUGUAUGAAUAAAAUAAAGAUGCCGUGCACGGUUAGGAUUGCAGUGGGAUGCAGCAGGAGCUGAGCAUCUGCACUGACCCCUGAGGAAGGUUUGAAAGCAUAAAUGCUAAAAUGUAUUGUGAGCAGUUUUCCUUUUAUUUUCCUGACUAUUGACUAUUAUGUGGCAUUUCCUGCUUACUUUUGCAUUCGAUGUGCACAAUCGCAUUUGAUCAUGCAAGGGAGGAGUUUUCAUCAGGCAGUGCAAGAAAGGAGAGUUUUCGCUGUGGUCUGUCCUUCCCCACAUGGGUGUGGAUGUAAGCUGAACAGGGACUUUUCUCCUUGAAGCAUUUCUAAUCUUAAAACUAUGUUAGCCAGCUCCAGUGGGAGGGCAUUCUCUGACAGGAGAAACCUGUGAAGUCCCUUCCUCAGCUUCACAUGAGGAUCAAGUGAUAGGCUCCCUACAGUCAUCCCCUUGGAAGUGCUUCCCCUGCACUGUAAAUGACAUGACCUUUCCAAUCAGAUGUAACUACCAGAUUUGGUGAGGUCAUAAACUUCAAAAUGGUCGUUUGAUAUUAAGUAUUACCAUUUUCUGGUUUUUAGUUCUAUUAUCAAGGAGAUUUUCUCCUGAAAUCUGGUUUCAUCCAAGGUCUUGGCUCUUUAGCAUGUUUUUCUUAAGUAAUAUUGUCAAAAAACUCACCACCUCUGUCUUCAGCAGAAUAUAACAACACCACUAGUUAUUGCACUAAGAAAUACAUAUUAAAUUACUGUAUGAUUACAUAUAUCAUUGUUUUUAUUAAGCACUCAGUGUGUGUUUAGUGCAGCAUAAAUAUUAAACAAGAUUAUUCUCCCCCUGGUGGGUUUGCAGUCUGAAAGAUCUUCAUAGGAAGAAGUAGUAAUAACAUAUCAUUAAAACACCACCUUUAAAUUAAUCUCUUUUUGUUUCCCUGUGGUUAACCCUCAUUUGCUGUUGAUCAUGGCUGGUGUAUCCUGGCAUGUCCUGUGGUGCUGUUUGAUGAUGUUACAGACCCCAGUUUUCCGCUCUGCCCCUCUGUGAGAAGUUCUUGUUCAGCCCAUGUGGAAGGAGAGCGUGUGUCCCUGCUUCAGCUGCUGCCACACAGAGCCCAGCAGCAUGGCUGGGACCCACCUUUGAUGGCACUGCACACUCAGACUUUGGUUGUUGAAUCAAAGCUCAAUUCCCUUCUGCCACCUCGGCUUCCUGUGAGGACAGCUGGAAACACUCAUGUCUUUAACAGCUGCAGCAAGAUUCUGUGAAGCUCGUAUGUGAAAGCCCUGAGAGAAGAGACACUGCAAAUGGAAAGAGUGAUGCCCAGUUUUCACUGAUUUCUGCUGGAUUUAGGUUAGGAUUUGACUAUGGCAGUGCGGCUCCUGUGGAAGGCAUCAGUGUGGUUCAAGAAGCACAAGAUCGCUGUGUUGGCCGUUUCUUGCACGGGACUGCUUGGCACUAACCUUUCCUAUCACGUGUUUCCUGAGCAGACAUUCAGACUGCUGCACGAGUGCUGGUCUGAGGGGCAGCCAGCUGAGCUCUCGGAGAAGCUCUGUGCUGUGUUUCAGGAUGUCCUUCAAGAUACUGCUGUGGAGUCCACUGGCUCCUACAGAGCCUUUGCAGCCUCUAGCUUCCACCCUGUGAGCGCUGGAAUUCCCUGGCUGCCCCAAGGUUGUUUGGUGGGCAUCCCGCCUAACUUUGAUAGCACAGCUGAGGAUAAAAAAGGAAUAGUCAACCAUGUUGUUGUAAUAAAUGGCAAGGAGGUAGACUGGGAGAGCAGAGAAGGUGUGGCUUUGAAGGAAGCUCUCACAUUUUCCCUUAAAGCUCAGAAGUUUGCUAUUGCCAGAGAAGUUGUGUACUUGCAGAGUGGCAGCCCUUUAGCAAGUGCAGUUGUGGCUCCGACUUGCUUGGCUGGGACUGUUGUCUGUGGGAGUGCUCUAAAGCUGCUGCUGGGGUUAUCCCGCGGCCCUGUGAUCCUCCGGGGCCUGUGUAACCUUGUCACUGCCAUGGGAGGACUGCUCUGCUACUAUGUCUCUUCUGAUGCCAUCACCCAUCACCUGGACUGCAGGGCCGACUCCAAGGCAGCCCGGCUUUCCAAGGACUAUGCCAGCGGUGGCCUUGAAUUUUAUGAUAAAAUCUUGUACCGCAACAGGAUUUUUCGUGGUCUGAUGGGCAAAGAAGGGAUGAAAAUGUAUGCCCCAAGUGGUAACCUUUUCCCAAGGCACUGGUUCAGAUUAAAGUAUACCCCGUACACUUACCGGAGAACUUUGAUUCUUAAUAUUUUAAGAGAGCUCCAGGCAUCUGAUGGGAGUGCAUGAAUUUUAAACUUGUGAAUUAUGUAUUUUGGAACACCGCUGUGCUGCUUUUUUAUUUUUUUCCCUCUGUAUCUUCAUUAGAAUUUCGGGGUUUAUUUUUGCAUAUAGUUCAGAGAGUUAUUGCACGUUUCUUGAAUAAAGAAUUCUCUCUUAAAAUAUUAAAGACUUGCUUCCAAAGUGCUCGGUUCUGUGUGCAUCUCAAAUCACAAGACUGCUGAGAAGGGAAACUUUUCAAACACUGAUCUGGAAGUUCUGCUGUGCUGCUUUGCCUUCCUGUCCUUUCAGUCUGGCAAAUUGUGAGCUGCAAGUCCAGCAGAGGUUUUGGAAUCAUUGUAAUUUAAACUUGGGUGUUUGCUCUUUCUCCUGUGGAACAACACAGAUAUUUAAAGAAAUGGGCAGUCUGUAUCAUGUGGUGACAUAAAUAUCAAGACAGAGUGUUUCUGUUCUGUGUAAGUUCUUGUGCUGUGUAUAUUCUUAUGCUGCAAUCACUAUUCUUCAGUAGGAGACAUUAGUUAUGGUGCAAUUCCUACCAGUGCAGUUUAUUACCAGCAUCUGCAUCAUUUGCUGAAAUCUAGUUCUGCUCUGUCUAGUACAUGGUGACUGUGAAUGCUCCCCAGGAGUUGUAGUAUGUAACAGGACAGUCCUGGGUUGUUUUCUUACAAGUGGGAUAAGCAUGUUGAGAAAAGGUUUUUCGGCUUGCUUUGGUAUAGUUUUUUUUGUUUGAUUUAAAAAUGUGUGUCACCUGUUUUAUCAGUGAAGGCAAGGUAUGAGACAUGAGUCUGGCAUUUGGUGCAGAAACUGGUGAGGUCUGGGAUGCAGAGUUGCCAAAGGAGAUUACUCUCCUGUAUCCAAAGGAGAUUAUUCUCCUGGCUCAACAAGGUUUUGUCUGGCAGGCCAAGCUUUGUCCAGGAUUACUAAUCUCCUGGAGAAGUGUUUAGUGCAUGGGCAGUAAGCCUUUCACUAUAGUCUCACCUUGAUUUUCAAGGUGAUAGUUUUCAACUUUGUGGUUCCUUCUUUCCUAUGUUUCUGUUGCUGUUCCAGUAGCUCUCCCUGUUGAUGUCACAAUAGUUCUCAUCUCUAUCUCUGUUGUCAUUCUCACCAGCAGCUUCUAUUAUUUUGUGUCUUCUCAGUCAGAGAUAUGCUGAAUGUCCUUUCUGCCCUGGCUUUGUCUUUCUUCAUCUUCUUCAAUAAGAACUGUCACACCUGUGUUUGCUCAAAGCAUUACUGAGUUCUGUUUCCCUUUUGAAUCACAUGGUGACAUAAAAUUGAUAUUCUGGCUGCUGAAGCACUGCUGUUGCCUUCCAUUGCUGAAGCCAUGUCUGAGAGGUGUCUGUUUUUGCUGAAGUAAUCUGUGCCAUGAGCUUCUGAAACAUCACCUAUUGCUUGCACUUGUCCUCAGCAGAUCAUGAGAUGUCUCUCUGGUGUUUUUCUGCUGUAAGGCAUAAAGCUAUUGUUUUUGUGUCCUUUGUGAAAGAGUGAUAAAAUUUCCUGAUCUGUGGAAUAAGAAGAGACUUCACUUUAAGGCAGGGGUCUUUAAAUCUUUGAGCUAAUUUUUUUUUAACUUGUCUUCCAGAUAAAUCCAAUAUAAGACAUCACAGAAGUUUGUUGAUAGAGUGACAUAGUGACUCAAGACUGGAAUACAAUUCCUGGUUUAUACAGUCUGUGAGUUUAUAUCAUCCUCCUGUUACUCCUUCAGACAAAUCUAAACUGUGAAAUAUUCUCAGAGAGAAUUUAACCCAUUUAGUUUGUGAUUGAAAGAGCUGCUGCUACAUAAAGGAGUGCAGAGAAGAAAUCAAGGCCUUCUUGGAGAUUUACAAGUAACAGUUUAAACAAAAUGAAAUUAAAGUAACCUACUCAUCUUUUAUCACUCCUUACUGUUGCUUUUCAUCAUGAUGCCUGCAGCUAGUGUGGUUAUUUGACAUUGUUGGGUGUAAAGCCCCAGUGAUGCUAAUGGGUUUUGCAGCUGUGCACUUCACUUGACUCUUGCAGUGGCUCCAUGUAUCUCUAAAUGUCCCAUUUACCCUUCUCUGAACUGGCUGUGGCACGUUGGUGUUGGUAAGGAAGGGCUGGCUAGCACCAAGAUGCAUGGCCCUUCUUUCCAAAGAUUCUUGCCAAGGGCUUACACACCUCCCUCUCUGUGCAGCUGAGCACAGUGUCAUAGUGCCAAUACAGGGAAAACAAGAACUGCAAUCACAACUGCUUAGUAAGGUUUCCCUGAGCUUUGGGAAUGUGCAGGUUGUCCUGGAAAAGAUUUUUGUGUGUGUGUGUUGCCAGGUAAUUGCUGCGUGCAAGAUCACCCAUGCUAUUGGCAAGCAAGAAUAGCACAACUCAAAUACAUGGCCAUGACAGUACUCAUGAAAAGUCUUUUAUUAUACUGCAGAUGUUUUCCUGUAGGUAGAACUAUCAUUGAAAUCAAACAUGAACUCCACAUACCAGUAAUAAAAAUGGUCUGGUUUUGAGAGUUCACUAGAAGCAAGCAUCCUAGAAUUAAAGGUGGAAAUGUUCCAUAAGAAUGGUCUGAUGUAGAAAAGCAAUUCAUUCAAUGGCCCAGAAAAGGCCAAACAAAUCAGUUUUCAGUAAAUCAUGUCAGUGAAUUGCCUCUCCCAGCUCUGAAGCUGAAAAUCUGAGGAAUUUGAAGAACUUGUUUUAGUAUUAACUGGCUUGUCUUUUGCUGCUCAGACAAGGCACACUUUGUACAAAAUUUUAUGCAGAAAAGCAACAAAAAUGUUAAGCUAAAAGGAAUUGCUAAGAGAUGUAGAUAAAAGAAGUCUAAGUGUAGAAACUGUAAAAGCAGGGAUGUCAGUGGAAUAAUGAGCUCUCAUAAAAAUGGAUACUAUCUAGAGAUAUGAACCUCUCUGUCUGGUAGAGUGAUUAAAGGAUGAAGAGGUAUAAGUAGCAAAUGACCAAAAUGAGUUGCUACUUUAAAUUUAGAUAAAAUCUAGUUUAAAGAGGGAUUUGCUUGACUGGUUUACUUGUGUUAUUAUCCUGAAUGUUCUGUGUAACUGAAAAGAAAAUGAUCCUUGUAACUUCUUUUUUAUAUAAAUGCAAUUCUUGCUGCUUCAUAAAGCUUUAGUGGGUGAUGCUGCAAGAGAUGAGGGUCACCAAGGUGCUUUGCUCAGAAUUCCCUCUGAAGUGUAAGAAAUGUACUCCAGGACCUGACUCGCAUAUUUCUUUAUCCUAAAAAUUGCAGUUUCUUGUUGUGGCGAUAUCUUCAGCUUGUUUAAUGGUUAAACAUGAAGUUGUCUGAAAAGAGCAGUAUUGAGAGCUAGACAGUUUUCUUGAAGACAAACAAGCUGUGGAAGGCAUCUGAUUACAGCAAUUCCUGAAUCAGCUGCUAUGGGUAUCUGGCUUCUCUAGCAGUUUACAGAAGCAGGAGCUUCAGAGAGAGGGAAAUCUCCACCCAGGUGGCACUGAGUAAAGCAUCUGGACUUGCCCAGAGGGCUGCAGUUGAAGGGUAGUGGUCCUUUAGAAAACAGCCUUUUUUAUUACAGUAGAGCACUGCUAUCUCCCCAUUUGACAUUCAAGUGGUUUCCAUCAUUUGACAGAUAAGAUGGUGAGAGAGCUGACUGCAGAGCUGUGGAGCUUCUUGCCCUGCAGGGAAAGCUGCUGGUGUUGGGAGAGGUGAUGCUGGGAAGAGCCUACGACUGUUCUGCCCUUGGCUGUAGCAGUUGUGAAACAACCACAGUGACAAAGUGUGGCUUGCAUGGGUGGGGUGUGAAUUUGAAUGUAUGAAUCAAAUCAUCAUGACUGAAACACAAGUGGCUUUCACCAGAGGAGCAAAUGCAGAGGAUCCAUCAAGGAGUGAGUAACUGCUGUGUGCAGCAUGUGGGCCAUAUCCUGUAACUGCUAUCUGCUCCUGUUCACUAAAAGCUCCAUGUAGCAAGUGUGAUUACAUUCAUUUAAAAAUCAGUACCUUCAGACAAUCUGCUAUCCAUGCAUCCAGUCCCUCCUUGAUUUCACUCAUUUCAGCUGGAAGUCUAUAUUAUUCUGCCUUUCUAGCAGAACAAUGCUGAUGUAGGAAGACAUACUUAAGAUCUUGGAAUAAAGAGGACACCUUCAGGAAGAGAGAAAUUUGGUUGUUGUCAAAACCAGACUUGAGAACAGAAAAAACUGUUAUUAUUCUCCAGGAAUUGGUAUGUUAGACAAAUUAAACUGAAGGCACUGAAAAAUGGCUUAUGGAUGUUUUGCUGGGCAUCUUUUUCACUGACAAUAUAUUGGUUUGUUAAGUUGAAGUGAGUAUAUUUGGGCUGCUCAAAUUGCCAAAUCCAUGAAGUGGAGAAAAUUACUAAAAUUUGGCCAGAAAUCCAUCUGGUUUUCCCAUCUGGAAAAGUACAAGCCAAACUCUUAAGUUUCGUAGCCAGAAAUGAACAUUGAAAUAUCUCUGCAGUUGGAAAUAUUUACUCUCCUCAGUAAGACCAAGUUUGUCAAAAUCUAUCCAGGUCUUCAAUUUUGAGAGAAAGGGUGUUCUUCAAAACUCAGCUUUGUGUCCAAAAAUGCACUUUGAUAAACACAGCCAACCCAGGUGUACAUUUUUUUUGACUCCUACAUUAGUUUUUCUGUAGGACAAACAUACUGCCAGAAGAAUUUGUGGUGCUCUCCGCUUGUUUUGAAAAUAUAUUUGUCCCCCAAAUCAUCCUUACUGGAGAACUUUCUCCUGUUUAAUUUUUUUUUUCCUCCCAUGGUUGAACUUCCAUCAUCUGGAAAGUUGAUCCCUUUUCCAGUUCUGACCUGGUUUCUCAGAAUCACUUUCUGCUUUGGUUUGCAGGAGCAUUACCUUGUUAAUGUAGUCAAGGUGUUAACAGCUUCUUUCAGUAUAAAUGAGUAACAGCUGAAGCUGUGUCCUCCUUUGUGUAUAAUAAAAUUACUUCUGUAGAAGUCUUGCAAGACCAGGUCUCAUUAGGAUGACUAAGAGAAUUUAGAAAACACAAGACAUUGUGAGCCUGAUCCCAGGUUCACAGUUCCAGCAGUUCUUGCAGAGUGAACAUGAAGAAAGGAAAUGCAGUAUCCAAACAACUUUUAUCCAGUAACUGUUUAGUGGUUUAGUGCAGACCUGCUGACCUCUGGAAGCUUUGUUUCUAUCAUAUGCUGGAAGUUUUCCAGUGGGAAUGUUGUUGUUUCUUCAUUCCCUGUUUCAUUUCCCCUUGCUCUGUUACUCUAAUUGCCUCUUCUGCCUGCUGACUCAUCUUACAAGCUGCUUUAGCUUGCUCAAGCAAGAUUUGUGAACUUUUAAGUGCUCACUUGCUGCUUGCACUUUCAUUUGCACCUCCUACCUUUUCCUACAGUACUUACCUGCCAAAGACCACAGCAGCUUCCAUUCUCCUGUGUUUUGCUACAUUUAGUCUACAUGUUUUUUUGAAGGAAAAAUGCUUUUGACUAAAUGAAAAAUAGGUAUUGUAGUUAAAACCUUUCCUAUUUUGUCAUAAGAAAAUAAUUUGAUGUUACUUUUGAAAUUUCCACUUAGCAUUACUCUUUAAAAGAUGAAUUUCUUAUUUGCUGUCUAUGACACCCAGUUCCCUUUUGAUCUUGAUUUAGCUCUGUCACUUUUAAGCUGUUAUUCCCUUGAAGCCCUUAGAAACUUUGUUUCCUGUUCCUGAAAAUGGCAGGGUAUUUCAUAUACUGCUGGCUAGGUGAGGUAUUGUGAGUUGAGAAGUUAUAACUUAUGUAGUGCUAUUAGCUGCUUGUACUUAGCUCAGGCACAUCCAUGUGCUGGUCUUGAGAAUUGUGGGUUCUUAAAUCACACCACUGUAGCUAUUAAGAGAUACAACUUAUGAGGAAGUAAAGAUAAAACUAUAACCUGCAUUAGCAUUUUGAAGCUACAUUGAUUCUUAAAUUAAUUACUGCACAAUGAAAUACUUGAUCAGUUUCUCAGGGAAGAUUUAAAAUUGAGAUCAAGCCAUGUUGUAAAUAACAAGCCUGUUUUUUUAAAAAAAAAAUCUUUUUUUCCCCAUUUUUUUAUUCUUCAUUUUCUGACUAGUCUGGAGGUAGCUAUAUAAAUAUUUCAGACAACAGAGCAGGGUAAGAAUUACUCUGUAGAAAGUUUUCCUUGUAAGAUCUUUUCUCAUUUGGGAUGAGUUUCACUGCCUCAGUGACCAUGUUUUAAAAGCAUGUUAUAUAAUUCUCUGUAGAUACCCAUAGACAGAUGUAUUUAUGGUUUUUGGAAACUUCAUGUAAUUUAGGCAUAAAUCUUGAAGUGUGUUUUAUAGUUCCUCAUUAAUAAUAGUUGAGAAUUAUGCUCAGCUAAGGCAGCACACAUAAAUUCUUAAUGUUCAGACAUUCAUUAUAUGCCUGUGAUGGUUAGAAGUUGCCAUAGGAAAAUAAAAGCCAGUGAUCCCAAAGAUUAUUAUUUUUAUAUAUUCUUUUAAGCAAUUUGGAAAAUUGUGUUCAUCCACUAACAGUUAUUUCCCUUUGAUUUCCACAUUCUUCAUCUUAACCUAAAGAUAUCAUACUGAGUAUUGAAAAAGUCAAGUCAGCAACCAGACAAACUUUUUAUUGAAGUUUUCAUUAAGCGUGGUAGCACCUUAUAAACGGAAAUGCUGAAUCCAUCAUUUUAUGGAAGUUACAAAUUCAGUAGUUUUUUUGCAAUUGCAAUUUAGAGAUGCUAAUCAUGUUUGCCUAUAUCUCAUAUGAAGACAGCUGUGGCACAGUUGCAGGUGGCUGGAUGAAAACUUGGCAUGUGUAUGAUGGCUUUACACCUGUGAAGCAGGUGAAAAGGCAAAAGUUUUUCUUACUUUUUUGGCCAGAACAUAACUUAGGUAUUAGAAAUCAAAGUCAUACUUUAGCAAUUGCAAAUUGAACUUUAAAACCAUUUCUUUCAAUUUUAAUUUACUUUCCAGUAGCAGAACUGGAUAUAUAGAGGCAUGGAAAUGAUAUGAGAGCUGAAUGAGAAGAAGAGUAAUUGGGAUUUUCUACGUAUUAGGAAUUUCUUUCAGUUAGUAUUAAAGGAAAAAAAAUCUCUGCUGAGACCUCACAAUAGAUGAAUCAAAAAGGUACAUUUUCUUCUAGAGUCACGUGGUGAGUAGAUCUUUUUUUCUGCUUAUGCAGAAAAAAAUGCAGUAGCCAAGCAUGAUGCCAUUUUCUGAACAAGCAGUUCAGCUGGCAUACACAUUUAUUAUUUCCUUGAUCCAGAUUAAAAAUUUGCUUGCACUGGAGAAGUGUUAUGUGGAAAUACUAAAGAGAAGUUUACAUAUAGCACAAAUUUCCCAAAUUUUAGCAUGGUUGUCUCUGAAGUUUGUUUUAUUCUGAGGCUGGAGAAAGAUUUGAUGCAGCUUUGAACUCUGCAAAAAUGUAUGUGUGCAUGUUCUGUGAUCAGAUAUGUCUAAAUUUUUUCUCCUUUUACUGAACAUUGUCAUGUUGGACUUCACAAUAUGUUGUCUGGUCUGAAAUAAUUGUUCCUUAGCUGUUUUUUAUAGGUGUUUGGGUGCAUGUUGGCUUCAGCCUAAACUAUGAAAGCUUCUGGAAAAGAACAGACCUACUAUGCACUAGUUUUAUUUCAUGGUGUUGCUCUGGUUUUAAUCUUAAAGAUUUUCUACUGAAUUUUGCUUUGAAUAGUACACAGAGAGCCAAUAUUGAUGGCCAAAUCCAACAGAGGUGCUUUCCUCAAACCAGCAGGAGGCAUGGCAGAUGUUGGGAUACAAACUGGAGGCCAUGGAAGGUGCAUGACCCAGCACGAGCUCUGCUCACCUGGCAGGCGCUGCAAGUGACCCGGUCAUGCUGCUGCCAACCAGGGCAGGAAUGUUCCUGCUCAGCCCCUGGGUCACUGCUGCUGCAUCUGGGGAGGGGAUCAGACUGCUCUGUGCUCAGAGCCACCCAAAGCUUCACCCAUUACCCCUGGGAUCUGGGAUGUCCUUUUGUCACAUGGACAUAUCAAUGUCACACGGCUGCAGGAGGUGACAUUGUGCCCCCUGUGUUGCGCCAUGUGUUAGCGUGCAUGUUGAGAAUAUAGAUCUGUGCUAAAUCGUCUCUUCAGGAUUAUGAUUUGUAGAUUUAAACUAUAAUCUCCUGGAGAUUAUAUGGAAGAGGGAGUUGCAGGCACGAAUGGAUGAAGGGGAUCCCAGUGUCAUGCUGCAGGAGGAAAUUAAGGAAUUGUGGCUUUGGAGGAGAAAUAGACAGAGGGAAUAUUAUGGUGGGUUAAACAGAAUGGGGACUGGGAUACUUGUGUCAUGCAAUCCAAGGAAUAUUUCCAUCAUAUUCAUUGUAGCUAAUGUGGAAAGUGUUUAACUCCUUAGGAAAUAAGGGACUGAAACCAAGUAAUCCCACAAGGUGGCUGACCUCACCACAAAGCACUAAUCGGGUUUUCCUUGGACAGAUUAUUUUCAGCAGUGUGGAACAGUGUCCCCUCUGCCUCCUUCUCAAGUCUUAUUUUACUUGGGUUUUCUUUUUAUGUUGGCUUUCUAGAAAAGAAAAAAAAGAAAAAAGAAUCAAACCAACAUUUUCAUUGCUACUAAAUAGGUUAUGGAAAGCAGAAAGUCUGCUAAAUUUUUUCAUUAGGAUCAGAAAAGCUCUUUUCUAUAGACUUUGGCACAGAAAUAUUAUCACCUCGUGUCUUUUACAAUUUUUCUUCUUUACAGUACCUUCUAAUACCUUGUAAUUUCCUUUGGAUUAGUUUCUAUCCAGGCUAUCAAAAAGCACACAAUAUAAAUUUCUUAUUGCAUGAACAGGUUCCAUGAAAAGCAAUGUGUAAAAUACAGAUCAUGUUGUAGCUGUUUUAUUUUCUUGGUGUUUAAUGUGUGCAUCUAUCACACCAUCAUAAACUCAUUGCACAUUUUGUCACUCAGCUGUUAAAGGUUUUCCACCCUGGAGCUCAUGGAUGGGUUCAUGGGCUGUCAGCUAUGAAACAGUGAUUCCCUAGCUUAAAAAUUACUGCUCAAUGUCCCUAUAAAUAAUUCAAGGAAAAUCACAAAUUCAGAAGUUUUCCCCUGCCCUGUUUCUGAUGAGAAUAUUGUGGACCAAAGAGCAGUGGUGUGCCAGGCAGAGAACUGGAUCCAGGGGAAGCCUGUGUGUGUCAGAUGUGAAUUUUGUGUUCCUCGUGGCAGGCAGGCAGUCACACGUGCACUGGCAGCAAAUCAGUGAUAAGCAUAUGUGCUUGAGUCACUCCUGCCCAGUGGGGAUAACACUUGACAUUCUCUCUGAAAGAGAACUUUUUUCAGGAAUUCAGCAAAGCACAAAGACUUUGAGGACAUGACUGCUUUUCCUGAAAUUAACAGGCUGAAUGGAGUUGCAGGCUGAGAUUCUUUGGUUCACCUAAUGUUACAUCUGCCAUGUGUAAUCCUGGGAUUUUAAGUGCCAAGGCCAUGCUGAUAGGAAAACUAGUAUCUAGCUCGAGGGCUUGAUUAAUGAGAGUCAAACCAAGGGGAAGGGAGACUGGCCCAAGGUUGCUGUCAUCUAUUAAUAAGACAAAAAUGAAGUGUCUGCACUGUGGCAACUCUGAAUUAUUUAGUUACCACAGAUGGACAGGAUGCCAUUUGAGUCAAGAGGGUUUGGCCAGACAGUGGCUUUGCUUAAAGCCUGGUGUAAGGCAUAUGCAGCAGGUGUCUUGUCUUGCCAACUGAGCCAUCUUCUUUUUCUUGUGGCGCCCUGGCCCUUUAGCAGCCCUCAUGUUGGUCCCUUAGAAGGAACUGAGUGACUCUUCUCUAAGAGGCAAGGCUUUUAUUUGUGCCAAGUUUGCCACUCAAAAAAAUUAGGGUAAUGCCAAGGUGCCUUCAAUGUUCUGUCCCUAAAAAUUUCUGUUUGGCCAAAAAUAAAAAAAAAAUUAUCAGCCCAGCAUUGCUUUUACUCUGCGGUAUCUGUUGACCAAGUAAAUGGUACCAUAGGCUUGAUGUGUAGAUUAUUUUCAGGCAGCUCUCAGUUUGUCCCUACCAAGACAGCAGGGGAGCAGGUGCCACAUCCUGGCCAUGGCUCCUACCUGGAUUUUCAGAGUGCUGUGUGUGCCAGCCCAGCAUGGGCUGGGGAGAGUGGCAGGCACCAUUCCAGUCCCCCUGAGCUCAAAGCAGAAUGGGUUUUGUGCACCAUCAGCCUAAAGAUCCUGUAUUUGGUCUGGUUUGUUUGGUGACUGGCGUUAACAAAAAUUAAUAUCAUAGGGAAAAGCAUUUUGUCCAGUUAAGUAUUCACCAUCACCAACUUUCCAAGUAUCUCAUGUAAUUUCACUUCUGUGUGAGGAUGAGGAUAUCUUCUAUUUGUCUGAUGUCUGUCCAGCUUAUUUAAUCUUUCUUGUAUAACAGAGGACCACUAACAUGAUAUAAUUUUCUAGACAGACAGAAUCCACUUUCUUUGUGCAAAUAUGUUAUUUGGAGUCAACAAGAAAUAGAAUGGUUGCACUGGAAAAGAGUUGCUAGCUAGAGAGCUCAGAGACAGAAGGAUUUUGCUGCAGAACAGUAGGAGAUCUUGAGACUGUUUAAAACUAUAAUCUUUUAAUGUGCUAAAUCUCAGUUCCCUGAACUCACAGUCUUUUUAUAUUAUGGUGAGCUUGUCAUAACUUGCAGAUGUAGGCUGGUAAAUAAUCUUAUAUUUAGCAAAUAGGAAAAGAAAAUUAAACUUUCCCUGAAAAUUUUUUCUACUUAAACUUAUUGGAAAAAUGCAAGAUGACAUGAACUGUAAAGUACCAAGACAGCAAAUUUAGAUCAGCUUUUUCCUGGGCAUGAAUAUUCAAGGACACUGAAGCCUUUCUGCUUCAAUUCUGAAAAAGAUGCAGACAAAGUAAAUACUAGGUUUGCACUGAUUUCUUUUCUUUGCACAUCAGGUACCAAGGCUUUUGCCAGUUUUUAUUUUGGCCUGCCUAAUUAUGAGGUUUGCUUGCCAAGACUGUAGAGAAACAUCAUUUGUUGGCAAGAUGGACUAGAUGACAUAAUGCUCAUGGUUGUUCCUUGCUGCAGCUUCUUUACUUCUGCUAAACAUUGCAGCACUUUUGUUGUUAUUGCCCUCUGAAGUUAAAGCUACUUGCUUAUAAUAAAAUGAAGUACAAUGUAGUUGAAAGGUAUGAGCAUUUAUCAAAGCUCUAUUCACAGGGCUUGGGUGUCUGUGGGUCACAUUUUCAAAGGUGCCUGAAAACAUAAAAAACAUGUAGAGAAACAUGAAGUGACUGAGAGGCUAAGUGAUGGCUUGCUCUUUGAACCCAAUCUCCUGGUAAUGAAUGUUUCUCUACUGAGCAAAAGGAUUUGGAAGAAAAAAUUUCCACCUAUUUUACCACGUGAGAAAAAUCUAUUAAUCUCUCUCCCCUCUCCAGGAGUGCUAUAAAUGCACCAAACCAUGAAGUUAAGUGUUGUUAUACAUUGUAAUGAUAAAUUGUUCAUGUUACUGUUCUUCUUUUAAAAGCAGGAACUAUAUAAGGCACUUCUUCAGGAAAUUGGCUCUCUCCUCAUUAAACUAAUCUUUUGCCCAGAACAUGGAGUAUUCCACACAUUCACAAUUGCUAAAACAUGCUCUCACCAUUAAGUUGUUAAUGAAGGUACCUAAGUAAGAGAUACCAUUACAGUCAUUACCUACUGACAAGAUAUAAAAUUAUUCUGACACCUCAUCUUUUAGGCUGAAUUCUGUUCUCAUUUGGUGUUUCAUUAUCAAGAUAGGAAUUAAAAUAAUGCAGACAGGGUUUAGCAAAUUUGUUUCUGAUCUUGAAGCCAUAUGGUUCCGUUUCAUGAUGGUAACUGCUGUGACCUUCAUCUGUAAGCAGAAGAGUGGCAGUAAAUAAAGAUGUUAAAUAAUUCCUA